AUAAACAAAUUUUACAAAAUGGAUGAAUCAAUAGCCAUAACAGAAGAUUCAAAACAAAUUUCUGCCAUUAAUAAAGAAACAAUUCAUCGAAUUUGUUCUGGACAAGUAGUACUUAAUCUUGCUAUUGCAAUUAAAGAAUUGGUAGAAAAUAGUUUAGAUAGUGGUGCAACGUCAAUUGAAAUUAAAUUAAAAGAGUAUGGAAAAACUUGUAUUUCAGUGAUUGAUAAUGGAAGUGGAAUAUUAGAAAAAGAUUUUGAAGGACUUGGUUUAAAGCAUCAUACAUCCAAAUUGAGACAAUUUUCUGAUUUAUUAGAAGUAACAACAUUUGGUUUUAGAGGUGAAGCAUUAAGUUCACUUUGCUCUUUAUCAAAUCUUAAUAUAAUUACAAAACACUCUUCAACACAACAUGGUUUUUAUUUACAAUUUGAUAAAAAUGGUAUUUUAAUUAAAAAAAAAGAAUAUGCUAGACAACAGGGAACAACAGUAACUAUAGAUAAUAUUUUUAAAAACUUACCUGUUAGAUUCAAAGAAUUUGAAAGAAAUAUUAAAAAAGAAUUUACGAAAAUGAUUCAAAUUUUAUAUAGCUAUUGCUUAGUUUCCAUUGGAGUAAAAAUAACUUGUACAAAUACUUUGGGAAAUAAAUCUGCCAAUGUCAUUGUAUCGACAAAUGGAGCAAAAAAUUUGUUAGAUAAUAUCACUGCUGUUUUUGGAAGAAAAAUACGAGAAACUUUAAUGGAAAUUGAAUGCCAACAACCAGAUAAAAAUACCUUGGAAGAAUAUAAUUUAACCGAUCAAACAUUAGUAAAUUUUACCUGGAAAUGUUUUGUGAGUAGUUGUAGUCAUACUUCAGGACGAUCUUGUCCUGAUAGACAGUUUUUCUAUGUUAAUGGCAGACCUUGUGAUCCUAUAAAAAUUAUUAAACUAAUAAAUCACAUAUACCAUAAAUAUAAUAAUAAACAGUAUCCAUUUAUAUAUUUAAAUAUUGAAUUAAAACAAAAUUGUACCGAUGUUAAUGUAACACCAGAUAAACGAACGAUUUUGUUUACACAAGAACAAGUAAUUCUUGCAACUAUAAAGUCAAAUUUUGAAAGAGCUUGGAAUAAUAUACAGAGCACAUUUGCUAUAAAAACGUUAGAAGAAUUAAAUUUCACAGUUCAGAAAAGAGGCAUUUCUGAUUGUUCAGAAGAUUGUUUACCAUCAAAAAAACCAUUCAUUGAAGGAGUAAAUACAAACGCUAAUCAUAAUGAACAAAAACAUCUCAUAGAAGAUAUAAAAACUAAAAUUAAUACAUUACAAUCUAAUGAGCAAAAUAUUUCUCUUAAUAAAAAUAAUUUAUGGAAUGUAAAAAUGACAACAAGUAUUGAAACUAUAAAAUCUAAAAUGUUCAAAUUACGCGAGAUGCAAUUAUCUAAAAGUAAAACAGAAAAAAGAAUUAAAUAUAGAGCUCAAUUAGAUUCUAAAUCGACAGAUAUUGAAAAAGAAUUAGAAAGAGAAUUAACAAAAGAAUCUUUUAAAAAGAUGCAAAUCAUUGGUCAAUUUAAUUUAGGAUUCAUUUUAGUAAGACUAGAUAAUGAUAUUUUUAUUAUUGAUCAACAUGCUAGUGAUGAGAAAUUUCGUUUUGAGAAAUUAUCAGCUGAAACAAAAAUAAAAACUCAAAAACUUAUUUUACCAAAGCCUUUAAAUUUGGCUGUUUUAAAUGAAAGUAUUCUUAUAGAAAAUCAGCAUAUAUUCGCAGACAAUGGCUUUACAUUUUGCAUAAAAGAAGAAGAGGAUCCUGGGCAUAGAGUAGAACUUACAGGUAUACCAGUCAGUUUUGGAUGGCAAUUUGGUCAAGAAGAUAUAGAAGAACUAAUUUUUCUUAUACGAGAAGGAAGUGUUGAUGGUAACAGUACAAAAAAUAUACCUAGACCCAGUCGAGUAAGAGAAAUGCUAGCUUCAAGAGCAUGCCGUAGUGCUAUUAUGAUUGGAAAGGCCUUAAAUGUAGUUGAUAUGAAUCGAUUAAUAAUCCAAAUGAGUCAAAUGAAAAAUCCUUGGAAUUGUCCUCAUGGAAGGCCAACACUUCGUCACUUAUUAUCUUUGACACUUUUAAAAUAAUAGAGAUAUAUUUUAUAGAACUAUUUUCCAAGUAUAGUAAGAAAAUAAUUAGUAUUAGUCAGUUUGAUAAAAUUAUAACUGAAAGAUAAACGAAAAUACAUUUCGAUGUUAAAAGUAUGAA